UGUCGCCUCGCCUCUCCUCCCAUCCACCACAUCCCCGCGCCCCCUGCGGCCCUGCCUGCCCCUGGAUUGCAGCCAAGAGAGAAAGCUGCCGCUCACCGUUUCCAAAUUCCCAUCACCGUCCAAGAACACCCGGAGCCACGGGAACAGGGGUUGCAGAUCCGCCAAAACCACAUCCGCCCCGGUCCGUCCUCCGUCCCAAUCCUUGUCCCUGGCCCGGGAGGCGGCGGCGCUUCUCGAGGGCUCUACUCCUGCAUCCAGGCCCAAGGUGAUACGGAUGUGCUCUGGUGGUACUGUGGUUAACUGUCGAUCUAUGUGAUUCCAUGGGCAUGGAUCAAUCCAAGGAAAAUGCAGAGUUCCCAAGCUGCGAUGCCUACUUUGAGGCUAUCCAAUCCAAAAAGAAGCUCCCACUGUCUUUGCAAGAAUCACUGACCGCUGCCUUUGCUCAGAUUCCAGUCUCAUCCUUCCCUGAGGUUCCUGCUGGCCGAGUGAUUGAAAUUCAUGGUGACACCUCUGUUCUUGAGGCUUUGAGGAUUCUCUCAGAAAACAACAUAAGGGCAGCUCCUGUGCUGAAUCCGGAACCUGUGGCCCCAGCUGAUUGGCAAGGGCGGUAUCUUGGUGUUAUUGAUUAUUCGGCAAUCAUCCGUUGGGUACUAGAAAAUGCUGAGCUUGCUUCUGUUGCUCUGUCUGCUGGAUCGGCAACUGCUGCAGGAGUUGGAAUGGGUGCUGUUGGUGCAAUGGGGGUUGCAGCAUUGGGUGCAACUGGCCCAGCGGCAGUGGCUGGCUUGACUGCAGCUGCAGUAGGGGCUGCUGUUGCUGGUGGGUUAACUGCUGAAAAGGGUGUCGCAAAGGAUGGUUUAGCUGCUGCAGAUCACUUAGGAGAAGAUUUCUACAAAGUUUUGCUUGAACAAGAACCUUUCAAAUCAACAACAGUUCAAUCAAUUGUAGAGUCAUACCACUGGUCUCCUUUCAUCCCCAUUACAUUGGACAGUUCCAUGCUUACUGUACUACUGUUGCUCUCCAAGUACAGAUUGAGAAAUGUCCCAGUGAUUGAGCCUGACAAACCUGUUAUCAGGAACUUUAUUACUCAGACUGGCGUUGUCAAAGGACUCCAGGAGUGUAAAGGAAGGGAUUGGUUUGACUACAUUUCUGCACUUCCUCUUUCAGACUUGGGACUUCCUUUUAUGUCGAUUGAUGAGGUUAUCACCGUGAAGAGUGAUGAUCUAAUAUUAGAAGCUUUCAAGUGCAUGAAGGAUAAAAAAAUUGGUGGUGUACCAGUAGUGGAAGGUCCCAAAAGGAAACUUGUUGGCAGUGUGAGCAUAAGGGAUAUUCGCUUUCUGUUGCUUAGACCUGACUUAUUUUCGAAUUUCAGGCAACUUACCAUCAUCGAAUUCAUGAAGACUUUAGGCUCCACUCUUCCUGAUUCAGGGAACAACUGCCUGGUGAAGCCACCACCCACCUGUGCCCCUGACACUUCCCUUGGUAGCGUUAUCGACAGCAUUGCAUCAAGAAUAACCCACCGUAUAUAUGUAGUGGAUGAUGACCUUGAGGUUGUCGGUGUUGUGACCCUGCGCGAUGUGAUCUCGUGCUUCAUCCACGAGCCACCCGGUUACUGCGACAGCUAUCUGGCUUCAGCAAUGGAGAAUCUUGAGGGCAAAGGAGCCGGAUCAGUGGAGAAAAGUUGAGCUUUCUGUAGUGUGAAUGUGUGGAAUAACAGGCCGAUCUCGUGUGGUCUUCUUUAGCUGGAAUAAUGGGUUCAGAUUGUGUUAAUCGGGUAAAUUCUGUGUAGAUUAAGAAGGCUUCUCUGUCUCCUCUCAAAUGCAGUUUCCUGUGUCUUUUCUUGUAUAGUUUGAUAAUCAAAAAUCUGCUAACAAUCAGAGGCAAUCCUACUCAUUUUACCGAGA